AUGGACUGUAAAACUCAAAGAACCACUGUAUUUAAGCCAAUGCCAGAUAGCUCAAAGCAGAACCCUGUGGUCAACUGGACUGUAGCAGAUGACCAAAGUUACAUUUGCUCAGAGGAGGAGCAAAUAGUUUCCUCUGUUGCUCCUGAACUGUAUCUUGAGGUUGAACAAGAUCGUAAAGACUAUUAGUUUCUGGGACCUGAAGGAUGUGUGAAUAUUGAAGUGAUUGAUGAAAGCACAAACACAUAUAGCAUUCACUUCUCCACUGCUGGCUCUUAUUUCUGGUCAGUCACGGGCCUUGGCUUCAUGGUGAGGAUGGCAGUGACCAUAAAGAUUGUGUUAGAUUUCUGGAGUCUGCGCCUGGACUUUGACCUGCAGCACAAUGAACAGUGGCUGGUGGCCGGCCCCUUGCUUGACAUCACCACAGAACCAGAGGGGGCUGUUGCUGAAAUCCGCCUUCCCCCCUUCAUCUCCCUCCAAGCAGGUGAGGUCGACGUCUCCUGGUUCCUAGUUGCCCAUUUUGAGGAUGAAGGGAUGGUCCUGGAGCAGCCAACCCGGGUGAAUCCUUUCCAUGCUGUCCUGGAAAACCCCAGCUUCUCUCAGAUGGGAUUCCUGCUGAGGAUCACCAGGGGGACCUUUCUCUCUGUCCCCAUCACAAGCACCACAUUGGUCUAUUUUCACUCCCACCCCGAAGAUAUCAAAUUCCAUGUGUACCUUGUCCCCAGUGACACCUUGCUAAUGAAGGUUCUUGCAGCAGAAGGAUUGAUGAAUGCUUUCAAAUCUCUGAAGUCAGCCUCCAUAGCUCAGGCUGGGUCUCCCAUGGCCCUCCAACUGCGCCACCUACAGACCCUGACCACUGUAGCUUCCGAGAAGAAUUCCACCAUUAUGUUUUCUCUGCCCAUGAAUAUACUGGAGGACAAUGGUAAUGUCAGCUGUGAUAACCACAAGAAGCUUCCUAAUCGAGCCUGA